AUGCAAAUAUUCGUAAAAACAUUAACCGGAAAAACCAUCACCCUUGAUGUCGAGUCAUCUGAUACGAUUGAGAAUGUUAAGGCAAAAAUUCAAGAUAAGGAAGGAAUUCCACCCGAUCAACAGAGAUUAAUAUUUGCAGGAAAACAACUAGAAGAUGGCAGAACAUUAGCUGACUAUAACAUUCAGAAGGAGUCCACUUUACAUUUGGUGUUGAGACUUAGAGGAGGAGCCAUCGAACCAUCCCUCGCCCAAUUAGCACAAAAAUAUAAUUGUCAAAAAUUAAUUUGCAGAAAAUGCUACGCACGAUUGCACCCAAGAGCCACCAAUUGUAGAAACAAAAAGUGCGGAAGAACGAAUCAAUUGAGACCAAAGAAGAAACUCAAGUGA